AUGUUACUUUUUACUUACAUGCUAGCUGUAGUUAUCUGAGCAGGUUAAACACAAAAUGAAUGAUUAAAACACGCUUAAAGAAGAUGUGUAGGCUAACGGGGGAAAUGCAUAUGAUCUAAUCCGGUGAUGACUUUUGGCUAUCGCAACUAGCUAACGUUAGCUAACGUUAAAUUAAUGCUCGUCUUCUCCACUGGAUUUUCUGACAGUGUGGAGAACACAGGGUUAAGAAAAUGCCCCAGUCAGCCGCUACCAUCAGUGGGAUCCAGAGGAUGGUUCUGUAUGAAACCAGAGCCAGGUAUUUUUUGGUGGGGACCAAUCAGGCACAAACAAAACACAGAGUCCUGAAGAUUGACCGCACUGAACCCAAGGACCUGGUCAUUAUUGAUGAUAAGCAUGUGUACAACCAGCAAGAGGUCUGGGAGUUGCUGGGCCGCCUGGACCUGGGAAACCGCACAAAGAUUGGGCAGAAGGGUUCUUCGGGUCUGUCCAGGUCUUUAUCAGCCUUUGGCAUUGUGGGUUUUGUGCGUUUCCUCGAAGGAUACUACAUUGUGCUGAUCACCAAGCGUAGAAAGAUGGCCGACAUCGGUGGCCACUCCAUCUACAAAAUUGAAGACACCAGCAUGAUCUACAUCCCCAAUGACUCGGUCAGGGUUACGCACCCGGAUGAAGCAAGAUAUGUGCGGAUCUUUCAGAACGUGGACCUGUCCAGUAACUUUUACUUCAGCUACAGCUACGACCUGAGCCACUCGCUGCAGUACAACCUCACUCUGCUGCAGAGGCCUUACGAGCUGUGGUCGUCACCAACUUCCUCCGCUGAGGAAGAAGUACAGAAACAGAGCAAGCAUGACAGCUUUGACAUCUUUGAAGACGAGGGUCUACCUACACAAGUGGUUUACGGCCUCCAGAGCGAGCCGUACUACAAGUACGUGUGGAACGGGAAGCUGCUGGAACGAGUCAAGGACAUAGUGCAUCGUGACUGGCUCAUGUAUAUAAUCCACGGCUUUUGUGGCCAGUCCAAGCUUCUGAUCUACGGCCGACCGGUUCACAUCACCCUUAUUGCCAGGCGCUCCAGCAAAUUUGCCGGUACCCGCUUCCUCAAAAGAGGAGCCAACUGUGAGGGGGAUGUGGCUAAUGAAGUCGAGACCGAGCAGAUCGUCAAUGACGCCUCAGUCAUGUCCCUCACAGCAGGAAGUUACUCCUCAUACGUCCAGGUGCGAGGUUCCGUCCCGCUCUACUGGUCCCAGGACAUUUCCACCAUGAUGCCAAAACCCCCAAUACGAUUGGACCAAGCGGACCCCUACGCCCACGUCGCUGCGCUCCAUUUUGACCAGAUGCUGCAGCGCUUCGGCUCUCCUAUCAUCAUCCUCAACCUGGUCAAGAAACGAGAGAAAAGGAAGCAUGAGCGGAUUCUGAGUGAAGAGCUCUACCCAGCUGUGAUCAACCUAAAUCAGUUCCUCCCUCCAGAAAACUGCAUCGAAUACCUCGCCUGGGACAUGGCCCGCUACACCAAGAGUAAGUUGUGCAACGUCCUGGACCGUCUGAGUAUGAUCGCAGAGAACGUGGUUAAACGCACAGGUUUCUUCAGUAAUCGCUCCAACUUCUACUGUCACACCAUCAGACCGGAUGACAGGUGGGGAGAUUUAGGUGGAUACAUCACAGCCAGUGGACGGGUGCAGACUGGUGUGUUGCGGACCAACUGCGUGGACUGUCUGGAUCGGACCAACACUGCCCAGUUCAUGGUGGGAAAGUGUGCGCUGGCCUAUCAGCUUUAUGCACUGGGAAUGAUUGACAAGCCGAAACUCCAGUUCGACACCGACUGUGUGAGGUUGUUCGAGGAGCUGUACGAGGACCACGGAGACACUUUGUCUCUGCAGUACGGCGGCUCCCAGCUGGUCCACCGGGUCAAGACCUACCGCAAGAUCGCUCCCUGGACACAACACUCAAAGGACAUCAUGCAGACGCUGUCGCGCUACUACAGCAAUGCUUUCUCAGAUGCUGACCGACAGGACGCCAUCAACUUGUUUCUUCAAGUCUACCAGCCAUCGGAGUCCAGGCCGCACCUGUGGGAGCUUCCCACAGACUUCUACCUGCAUCAGAGGAACACCAUGGCGCUCCCCCUAGACAGACGCAGUUACACAAUGUGGUGGUCAGCAGGAGUCUUGUCCUACCUCCCAGUGCCCUAUGAUGAAGUCUCCUGCGAGGACACCAUGAAGAAGGUCAAAGUGAGGAGAGCAAACCGCUUUGAGGAGAGCAUCGACAUCUACACCGAGUUCUUCAAACCGUACGAGCUUACCUCCUUCGACGACACCUUCUGCAUCGCCAUGACCAACUCUGCCAGGGAAUUUAUGCCCAAGACAGUUGGAGUGGAUCCAAGCCCAUUCACAGUCCGCAAGCCUGAGGAAACGGGGAAGUCAGUGCUGGGCAGCAAGAGCAGCAAGGAGGAGACGCUGCUCCAGAGGAAGACUGCAGCCAGCGCGCCUCCUCCCCCGAGCGAAGAGGCCAUCAGCAGCACGUCGGAGGACGACUCGGAGGACGACCGCGACGAUGACGCCUCCGUGUCCCAACGCUCCACCCCAAUCAAACUGCUAACGGAGUCUGGAGAGAGCACCCGGACACAGGAGGUGCAGGUUGUCGGCGAGCUUUCCGAACUUCGCUCGCCCCCUCAGGAGAUCCAGCAGCAGUCGGUAAAAGAGCCCUACGGACUCAAUCUGGCUGAGUUUCCUGCUGCGAAAGACCUGCUCAUUUAUGAAAGGUUUGCACAUCUGGGAGAGAGCCAGCACCGGGUGGAAAGAACCGAACACAUAAACCUGGCAAACAUCAUCUGCCUAGAGCCGGUGUCCUGCUUCCCGGAGGACAGCAUCUACAGCCUUUCUCCGCCGCAGGUCGACCGGGACAGCCGAGAGGAGUUUGAGAGCAGCGUGCUGACUGGCCGGGGGCAGGUGCGGGCGCUCUGCAGGGAGGACAUGUUGAUGUACAGGGAGUACGUCAAGAACCGAUACAUGUAAGACGCAGACGAUACCGACCGGAUGUCUCGUCACCGAUGGGCAGAACCAGUCACUCUGACGUGACUUCGUGUUGAGCUGCAGGACAGAGCGACGGACAGUUUUUCUUGCGUUGCUUGCAGAUAAUGUCGCAUGUGCCACCCGAUGUGUCCUGUGUUUGGACCAGGUCGAUUUUUUCUUUUUAAUCAGCCCUUUGAUUUAAAUCUUAUCCAGGUACGUGAGUUUGUCCAUUCACUCCCACGUGCGUUAGCAGGCUACCUCUGUGGUGCUUUUUUUGUAUUUAUUUCAAUUUUAAUCGCUGUUUAAAACUGUUUUAAUAAAGUUUAUUUAAUUAAAUUGCAUGUAUUGUAGUUGAAAUAAUUAUUUAUUUUGAAUAUUAAAUAUGCUUUAAACAGGAUUCAGAGCAUUCACUAAGCUGCUCACAAAAUAAUAUAUAUAUAUAUAUAUAUAUAUAUAUAUAUACAGAUAAUGUUGUUAUUUUUGUCGUCAGAUAAAGGUCAUCACUGAUACCUCAACAUUUUGGGUUGAGAUGCCCAAACGCAUCACAGCUGAUUACUACCAAACUUGUAUUUAUGAGCACAGUGCUUUAAAAAUGCUUUACUCUACUUUUACAGCGCGUAUUGUCACAACAUUUCAUUCUUCACUCCCUCCAACUGUCCUAUCAUUUCUUCCUAAUUCAUUUUUCACACCUGAUUCAGCCUUUUCACUUUUAUUCUGUCUGUCACACUUACUCCUCACUUCUGAUGAAGUGUUGUGAUUGCACGACACACACCUAAAAUAAAACCUGGACUUCAAUCUGUGUCCUUCAGUCCCCCUUUUUUUCUCCUGGAAGCUUCUUCGCUGAAUCAAGAGGUUUCUAUCUUUCUACUUUGUUUGUUUUUACUAGAUGAGAGGAAUAUUAAGUUGGCUUUUGUGCUUUUUCUAAAUCACACUCACACUUGAUCACAAUAUUCGCUAAAAGGUUUCAAACACCAGUAUAACUUUUUGUUUUAUUUUACGAGUGUUUCAUUUCAUCACGAUGUUUAAAGCCAUCACAGAGAGAUGAUCAUAGAUCAGCCGGCAUGAAGCCCUGGUGGAGACGACAUCUGCCGAGGAGCAGGUACAGUCGGUCAACAUAUCCAAUUAUGUUGUUGUGCCUCUAGGGAAACAUUUUGUUUUCGUGGAGCGAUCAUGUGUGUUUUAAAAUGUCCCUGAGUGAACACAAAGUUUUCUCCUGUGGGAAGUGUUAAACUAAAUUAACUGAGGUGUUAUGUCUCUGCAGUAAACCUGUUCCUGCCAUGUGUCGGCUCAGCUGUCUGAUGCAUUUCGUCUCCCGUUUUCCAACCGGCCUAUUUCCGACUGUAGGCGGUUGGAGGCUGUUUUGAAGGGAAAGAGGUCUUUUAUGCAAGGCCGUGUUUUUCUCAUGUUUUUAUGUUUAUAAUGGCAGGUGUCUCAUUACAUUGAAACCUCUCAGCACACAUGAAUAAAUGCAUCUCGUCACUGA